AUGGACGAUCGGAGGUUGAAAAAAAAAACAGCCCUCGUAGGUGUAGACACGUGUACGUCAGUCGUGAAGACGGAGCAGCAGCAGCAGCAGCAGGGCCAGGAUGCGGUCCAGGGGCAGCCCGAGCUGGCCACCAUCUUCCAGCCGGCGCGCCGGCCUGGCUCCGGCGUGCAGCGCGCGCCCAGUGUAGUGGUCACCCACGGCGACGACACGCCGCCGAGGCCCGCCUCGGGCACCGGGUCCGUGGGGCAGCUGCCUAAUGGGCCCUUCUCCAGCGUCCACCAGCACCAGCACGCGCCGCAACUGCAGCACGCCGACUCUGUUACAGGGAGCACUCAUCAGGAGCAACAGCAGCAACCAGGGGCAGCAGCUGGCAAACUCCGUGCAUGCAAUAAUUCUUGCUGCUCCCAAUCUGCCCGUAAGAUAUACUGUGGUGUUUGUGUGACCGUGUGCGUCACUGCAUCAUGGGUUGGAGCAACACACUGCAUCAAAUAUUUGUUCCUGGGGCAGCCACCACCACCAUUUGGAUAUGGCCCACCCAACAUUUCAGCAGUGCAGCAGCUUGUUGCUCCACAUCAGAUAAUUCCCUAUGAUGCUCCAUUUUUUACAACAUGGUUCUGUACUAACUGGACAGUUCUAUUUUUUCCAUUAUAUUUUGUAUGCAGAGUUUCAGCAAUGAAAUGUAAAUCUGCUGGCAGUAUUUUACAAGAAAGUGUCAGAAAUUUUAGGGACAAGGGCUUUACAGCAGCUAGGUUCCUGACACGAUGCAGUUUCUUCUGUCUCCUGUGGGUAGCAACAAAUUAUAUGUACAUUCAUUCACUACGCAUCCUUCUGGCAACUGAUGUGAUGGCCUUAUUUGCCACUAAUGUUUCCUGUGUGUACCUGCUAUCAUGGGUUAUACUACAUGAGCAGUUUGUUGGUGUCAGGAUUGUAGCUGUUAUCCUGUGUGACACUGGCAUUGCACUCUUGGCUUACAUGGAUGGAAUCACUAAAAGUCGAACACUGGGUGGAGUUGUGCUAGCCGCAUGUGCAGCUGCAGGUUCUGCUGUAUACAAGGUAUUGUUCAAAAAAGUAAUUGGAGAAGCAAGUUAUGGACAAGUAUCUCUCUUCUUCUCACUGAUUGGCAUGUUCAAUGCUGCCUUAUUAUGGCCUGUGUGCCUUACACUGUACUUCACAGGCACUGAAAUACUGCACUGGAGGCAACUGCCAUGGCCAGCGUUGCUUGGAGCAAGUGGCCUAUCUCUUGUUGCAAACCUGCUGGGUAACUUCAGUGUUGCUCUCACAUAUGACUUAUUCAUCACACUAGGGCUUAUUACAGCAGUUCCUGUCUCUGCAGCUCUUGAUGUGGUGUUAUAUGGAGCCCAUUUUGCUGGAAUGAAAUUGGCAGGAAUGAUACUAAUUUCAGUUGGAUUUUUUCUGGUAAUGUUUCCUGAUAACUGGCCAGACUACAUCACACGACUACUGAGGUGCUGCAAACAAUGGUCUUCAAUUUGCUCACUACAUGGACCCAACCAAAGGGCAUGUCUUCUGAAAAAUAAGUCCCUUCUUGGAACUGAUGUUAUAAGACGUGGAGCCGGCGCCACAGGCAUGGCGCCGGGGCAGCGGGCCGGCGUGAUGUAAUCGACUACCGCACUGGUUACAUCCGGUCACAUCUCCGCUCACCGUCUGGCCGUGUGCGGUGACCCGACCCUGAGCGCAGCGAGCCGCCCUGUUAGUUGUGUGAUAAUAUGGACACGGCGCUGCCCACAAAUUCUUAACUCUCUCCUGAGCUAGACUGUGUUCAUUAAGGCAUUUUCUGCAGUAAAUGUGACAGAAAAUAAGCAUCUCUGUCUAGUGACGACUUAGCACUUGAGUACAGUUUCAUGUCUGUGACUUUUUGAGAUAGAUGUAUAAUUUUAUAAUUGGUUUUACCAAAGAAUAACUGCAGAAGUUAAUACUUGAAAGUAUAAUUUUGAAUAAUAAAAUUUCUAUGAACUGUAAAAUCAA